CGGCGCACGUCCCUCUCCCCGCCUGGCGAUGGCGGCUGGCGGGGAAGCGCUGCCCGAGCUGGCGGCGCAGCUGAGGCGCCUGGCGGAAAACGCCUCGGGGGCGGCGGCGCUGCCGGACGGGCCGGCGACGCUGAGGCGAGCGACGGGCCUCUUCCGGGACGCGGCCCUGAGGGAAACAGCAACGGAAAGUUUGUUCCAGGAUCUCCUGCAAAUUUUGAAACAAGUUUCACAUGAAAUUGAUGUGACUUACAAGGAUGCCAGUGCGUUGGCACACCUGGACUCACCUUUGCUGCUGCUGUCCGAAUGUUUUCGAUGCCUGCGGAAUGCUUGUGUGCAGUGUGCAAAUAACCAAAAUGUUAUGAGGAGCUUGGGUCUGAUUGCUGCAUCUAUCCACGUGAUCCAGUUGCUACAGAAGUUAGAAACUGACCUGGACUCAGUCUUGAUAGCUAUUCGUUGUAGCCUCCAGUUUCUUGGAAAUAUUGCGACAGGAAACCGUGAUUCCCAGACUUCAGUUUGGAAACUUGCUUUCCCUUCGCUUUUCUUGAAUUGUUUAAAUCAUCAGGAUGAGAAAAUCAUUGAUUACUGCUCCAUGGUUCUUUUCACUUGCCUUAAUCCUGAGCGGACCAAACAACUACAGGAACAAAACAACUUGAAAAUUGCCCUUGGUGUUCUUCAAGCUUCUAGAAGAUCCCCAGAGUUGGAAUGGAUGACCCUGAUCGUUACCAACCAUUUUCUGAAGUGCCCCGAGUUGGUCAAAGCCCUCUAUGCCAAACUGAGCAAUCAAGAAAGGACUGCCUUCUUAGAACUAAUUCUGUCAGAAGUGACGGCGAACACCGUCGUUACCGGUGAGGAGAUGGCUGCCUUUCUCGCAGGGUCUUUUGAAGAGGAGUGCCAGUCAGUGCUGCGAUUGGUUUCUGCCACGAAUGAUGACGAGGAAGCACUAGUUACAAUUCGUCUCCUUGAUAUUCUUUGUGAAGUGACAUCAAAUCCUGGAGAACUGCAGUCUUUACAAGCUUGCCCCAGUUUGCUUGAGGUGGCUAUCAGCCUUUUGCAGCUUGUACAUCUUGCUGGGAAGCAGACCGCAAACAUCUUCACUGCGGCCUAUUCAACAGAACAGGAAGGAAUUUCCCAUCCAGCUGUGGGCUUUAAAUCACAUCUGAUUCGUCUGAUUGGAAAUUUAUGUCACAAGGAUAAGGGAAACCAAGACAAGGUGUAUGAGUUAAAUGGCAUCCCACUGAUCCUGGAUAACUGCAGCAUUGAUGACAAUAAUCCUUUUAUAAACCAGUGGGCGGUUUAUGCCAUUCAUAACCUCACGGAGGAGAACGAAAGGAACCAGGAAUUCAUUGCUCGGAUGGAGCAGCAGGGCCUGGCAGGCAACCCGGUCCUUGAGAGCUCGGGGCUGAAAGUCGAGCCGAGAGAUGGGAAGCUUAUUUUAAAGUCGGUCAAACAGAUGCCAGAUCCAUAAGUCGCUACCCGCAAAAGGCUUUUCACCUGCCGCAGAAGAAAUAUAUUUUGUUCUAGAUGCGAGAUCAGUUAAAGGUCAAAUGAACUUUUAAGCGGUAAGGAUUGGUUGGUGUUAACGCUGCUGGAAGUCUUUGAGUCAGGACAAGGAGUGUGGAAACUCACAGCUCCAUUCGCCCUGUAGUUUUCUACAGCCAAAAGAUUCUCCUGGUAACACAAUCCAAUUGCUAAUUGACAGGUGCUUGUAAUCUAUCUCACAUGUAACUUGCAUCUGCAUAACCACUCUCUCUUCCCUCCUUCCCUUCCUCUCCCCUCUUACCUCUUCCCACAUUAAUCCUGCAUUGGUUAGCCCCUCUGUGCCUCUGAUGGAGGGAGCCGUGGCUGUCUGAGGCUUCCGCCUUCAAAUAAAAUGUGUUAGUCAAAAAGGGUGCUACCAGAUUCUUCUGAAUUUGGGCUGCAGUAGAUUAACACAGCUGCCCUCCUACAAUGCCACUGGUGGAGUGAGAAAUACGGACAUCCUUCCAGAGUGAACAGAAAUACAUGUAAUGAAAAUUGUGCCAGACCUACAACUGUUUUUAGGUGCCUGUUUAAAGAAACUUUAUGUUUAGCUUCUGUGUAAGCUUCCCCCACGUCUUUUCUGAAAGAACGGGAGAUGGGUAUCCCACGUGCCCAACUUCAAGGGUCCUUCCCUUUGCUCCCAUUUUGCAAAAGACUUGGAAGCAGUAAUAAAGGACGUUGGAAUUGCUGGUGGAUUUUUCCAUGGCUGUGUAGGCGAGUCAGAAAGCUGCUGCCUGGAGGAGUGAAACGUGCCCUGGUUCAUUUUACCACCAACUAUUUUUCCGUACUUAUUUGACAAAUGCCCAUUUCUUCUACCAAAAUACAAAAAGUUUAAUGUUGUUUUUAAAACAGAAUAGCAAUAAGUACCGCUUGCAUUUGGAGGGUAUUAUUUAUCUUUUCCAAAGGGAAUUAAGUACUGAAACUGGGUUGCAGGCGGCUUGGUGGCCUUACCUUUCUUUAGAGAACUGGAUGCUUGUUCGAAUUUUACUAGUUUCCUUGGCAAGGGAGCCCACUUCCCCUUUCCUUAAUUUUUGCUUCUCAUGGGCUGUUUCUGAACCCUGGAAGUCUUAAGUGGUACUUUCUCACUGUGAUUAAUUCUACCCGUUUCUUUUCACCGCCACCACCCUCCCGCCUUUCCAAAACAUUGACAAAACCCAUUUCCAGUUAAUUAAUUCAAGAGAGGCAGAAGAAUAGAAGCUUUCCCCCUCCCAUUUUGGGUACCCUCCUCUAUUGUUUCUGAACUCAGCCACUUUGGAGGGGGGCUGAAGGAAGGGGUGGGAGAGGCAGUGGUCAAUUAACUUCCCAUGCCCCAAACUGGUUGUCCAUAGAUAGAUAGAUAGAUCUGAUUUCAUAUAUCCAAUUUUGUGGUCAAAGCACAGGCCUGUGUUCUAACAACGAAUCUUGUUCAAGCUAAAGGUUAUUUCAAGAGACUGCAGUUUUUCUCCCUCAUCUCCAUUCUGUAUAAACUAGGAUGUACAUAUGCUGUAAAAUACAGUUACUUUUAAAUAGGACUGAUUACAUUUCUGGUUUAAAAUUAGCCUCCUACAAAUAUUCUUUCAUUCCCCUAAGUAAAACAGAAAAGAAAUCUGGCUUAUCAAAAUACACAUGCAAUAUAUUCCUUGAAGAAUAGUGUAUUUUACCAGGUUAUUUUGAUACGUGCUAGAUAGAUACCGAGGCGUUGAUAGUACGUUCUAAGGGCAGUUUUAUGGGUUUGCCGGGUUCUUAGAGCAAAUGUUCUUAAACUCUCUGUGGCUUUGGGCCCAGGUCCACCGAGGGAAUAGCUUCUAACACUACCUCGACAGCUACCACUUCUGAGUGUUCUGAACAUGCAAGACCAGCAGAGCUCCAAUCUACUUUGUAUUUGAAGGUGCCCCCUUGAAGAAGCUGAUUCUUAGAAAACCCUGAGCCCAAAUCAGUUCUGAAGGCUGAAAUGGAAAUGCAAGGUAUUAAAAUGGCGCGCAUAACGUCUGCCCAGAUUAAGGAGAGUGUUGGAAAUCUGCUUCCCUCUCUUGGAUGCGUGGUUUCAGGGAAGGGUGUCUGGGAAGGAGAAGAGCAGCAGCAGUAAAAGAACGGGGCCUGGGGGGGGGCGGUGUUUUGUGUUCUGGUUUGUUUUGAUUUGGCUGUUUGUUGAUGAUUGUAAUGGAUAAGAGGUGGAGAGCUGAAAGGGUGACCUGAGGCUUUCAUAGUGGAAAACAUGCUGAUUACUGUAUUGAGAGUGGCUGCCUUUUGAUUCUCCAGAAUGGGUGAAUUCUCUGAGCACAACGGGUUCCCUGUCCCUCCCCAGCGCGGUUCUGUCUUGAAAGGGCCAUGUUUUCCAUGCUGGAGAUUAAAACAGGGCAUCCAUGGGUGAUUCUGAAAAGCUUUUCCAGGUCUGAAAGGACAACAUAGUUGGCUCAGGUCUUGUGGCAAUCUGAUGGCUCUCAAGAGCAUGUAAACAAAAGGCGCUCCCCCUUUUCUUUAAGAAUCAAUGAGGGCUGGAUUUUCAUGACAAUGGCGGCUGAAUUCUCGCGGGUGUAAGCUUUAAUUUGCGAGAGGAAGGUAUGAAUCCAUUCCAGUUGAAUCAGAUGCUGUGCUUUUUAGUAGCUCCUGAAUUGCUCUGGCUUUUGUGUUGCGUCACAGACCAAGCAUCACCUCUCGCCAUGGGAGAAACCCUGCUGAUGAUUUCUGGUUGGUUGGCUGGUUUGGAGACAUCAUUCAUUCUUAAUAUACAUUGUAAUAUCUUUCAAAACAAGACAAACUGGUGGACAACUUCCUGAUUUUUAUGUUUUGAAAUAAUUUUUACAUCCUCCUCUCCAUAUCCCUUAAAGUUCCAGAAUGGUUAUGUUUCUGUCCAAGUUAAUUCCUGUUUUCUGCUUUAAAAACAGAAGUACCCAUGUUGGGAGGAAACAGAGGGAAGAACCUAUGUGCCAUUUAAGAUUGCGUACUGUACUUUGUAUCUCAGUUCAUUCAAUAAAGUAUUAACUUAAACUGGA